AUGGCAAAAGCUUCUAAGUACUUUGGCAGUAGUAGUAGUGUAGGAUUUGCUGUGGUGGUGUUGGUUCUGGUUGCAGGAAUAGCAGAGAGCCGGGUAUUUGAGAAAGAUCUAUUUUCCGGCCACAGAGGACAUGGCUUUGGUGGCGGCGCUGGAGGAGGUUUCGGCGGUGGAGGAGGACUUGGCGGUGGAGGCGGUGCGGGGGGCGGUGCUGGUGGUGGACUUGGAGGUGGAGGUGGUGCAGGUGGAGGCGCUGGUGGUGGCUUCGGAAAAGGUGGCGGAGUAGGGGGAGGAAUUGGCGGUGGGGGUGGUGCUGGUGGCGGGCUUGGAGGUGGAGGUGGCGCUGGUGGAGGUGCUGGUGGAGGAAUUGGUGGUGGAAAAGGUGGGGGUUUUGGUGGUGGGGGUGGAGCGGGUGGCGGUGCUGGAGGUGGACUAGGAGGAGGAGGUGGAGCAGGAGGGGGCGCCGGUGUUGGAGGAGGAGUUGGAGGCGGAGCCGGUGGUGGUGCCGGGGCCGGUGGUGGCUUUGGAGGUGGCAAAGGCGUCGGUGGAGGAAUUGGUGGUGGGGCUGGCGGGGGCGCUGGAGGCGGCGUUGGAGGUGGAGCUGGCGGCGGUGUCGGAGGAGGGCUUGGUGGUGGCGCAGGAGGUGGCGGGGGAGUUGGAGGUGGUUCUGGAGGGGGUGUUGGUGGCGGAGCGGGAGGUGGUGCUGGAGGAGGGCUUGGCGGUGGAGCCGGAGGGGGUCUUGGAGGUGGAGGUGGUGCUGGUGGUGGUGCUGGAGGGGGUGUUGGUGGCGGAGCGGGAGGUGGUGCUGGAGCCGGAGGGGGCCUUGGAGCUGGAGCUGGUGGUGGUGCUGGAGGGGGCGUUGGUGGCGGAGCGGGAGGUGGUGCUGGGGGAGGGCUUGGGGGUGGAGCCGGAGGGGGUCUUGGAGGUGGAGCUGGAGGUGGCUUCGGUGGCGGUGGCGGUGCAGGCGGUGGAGCUGGUGGGGGUGCUGGCGGUGGCUUUGGAGGGGGCGCCGGCGGAGGUGCUGGUGGUGGAUUUUGA